ACAGAACUAGUAAAGUUAGUAGUAUUUUAUUAAACUUUUUUUUUUAUUUAGAUUUUUCAGGGGGUCCUGCAGCACCCUCAGCACCCAUACUUCCCACUGAGACUGACUUGAAGAUUCUAGUGAUAUUACAAUGAUCGGCAGUCAUACUAACUGGUUAAUCUAUCCUGUGUUAACAUUGCAGGGAUCGCGAACAGUGUGAGAGAGAGACCAGGAGAGAAAGCCAGAGUGGGUUUCACACUCUAACACACCUAACACAAACAGAUUAGAGCAGAUUAACGUGGAUUACCAGAAAAAAUGAUUUAGAUCAGAGGCUUAACUAAUGAUUUCAUAAAAAAAAGUAAUCUGUACAUUUUAUUCCUUCCAUCUUUUUCCUCCUCUACUUUAAGUCGUGAGGAGGAUGCCGUGAGCGGUAGAGGCAGGCCAGAACCUCUUAAUCAGGAAGUAGAAAGUUAAUAACGGGGUGCAGAUCACAGAACGGUAUGGAUUACUAAUACCUCCAGAACCAUAUGCAAACACACAGUGAACUCUUGGACCUGUACGACCUGUCACCCUGAGCAUUACUAUGAGUAAGAUAUACUGUAUCUGCCCUAAGAUAUGAACUCUUGGACCUGUACGACCCGUCACCCUGAGCAUUACUAUGAGUAAGAUAUACUGUAUCUGCCCUAAGAUAUGAACUCUUGGACCUGUACGACCCGUCACCCUGAGCAUUACUAUGAGUAAGAUAUACUGUAUCUGCCCUAAGAUGUGAACUCUUGGACCUGUACGACCCGUCACCCUGAGCAUUACUAUGAGUAAGAUAUACUGUAUCUGCCCUAAGAUAUGAACUCUUGGACCUGUACGACCCGUCACCCUGAGCAUUACUAUGAGUAAGAUAUACUGUAUCUGCCCUAAGAUGUGAACUCUUGGACCUGUACGACCCGUCACCCUGAGCAUUACUAUGAGUAAGAUAUACUGUAUCUGCCCUAAGAUAUGAACUCUUGGACCUGUACGACCCGUCACCCUGAGCAUUACUAUGAGUAAGAUAUACUGUAUCUGCCCUAAGAUGUGAUCAUAUGGAAAACACUUGUACACCGAACCAAAAUGUAUUCCAAUAAUAUCUCUACAUUUGAUGAUACGUUUUACGGCUGGAUCUGAUAGUACUGUAUCAAGUCUGUAUGAUCAAAACUCACUGUAGGACUAGAGUGAAAAGUUAGGCGACAGAGAUCUAGAUAGCAUAUCCGAUAGCUCUCUAAGGUUUAUGAUGAAAGGCGGCUAGGAGCUAGUGAUCUAUUGACUCCCAUUACUGUUGAAUGGUUAGAGUGAAGAGCCCUAGAGAUCUAUAACAGCAGAAACCUUCAGUCCUGGUUGGACAGACAUGUCCUCCUCCAAUCCCUUUCUUUUCUCCUGGUGUGACCCCUCUCCUUUGUUCAUUUGUCCAUUCUGUCCACCUCUUAUUUUCCAUCCCUCUUUUAACUUGACAGAAUCUUAUGGGACUCUCUCUUUCCCCUUCUCUCUCUAUUCUUGCUUUCCCCUUGUCCCCAUUUUCUCAUCUGUUCUCUACAUUGUUUUUAUCUUCUCUUGUGUUUUUACUCUGUUCUUUCUUUCUGAAACUCUCUUUCACUGAUUUCAAUCUAUCACCAUCUUCUUCAUCAUCCUCUACAUCACCAACAACAACUUCAAUCUCACAUACUGCUGUUGAUACUUAUAUCCCAUCUUCCUCCCUUUGUCCAUCUGUCUUUCAUCAUCCUCUUCUUCCCCUUCCCCUGCCCUGAGUCUCUACACACUUCUUCUUCUCCCGCCCUAUCCCUCCUUCUCGACCUUCUCUUACCCUCUCCCCUCCUCCCUGUGUGGCCAUGUUGGAGAACAUGUCUCGUCGGUCCCGCUCCCUGCUGUCCCUGACCCUGACCACUCUGGCUCUGGCCCUGUCCAUCCUGGCUCUCUGCACCUCCUACUGGUGUGAAGGGACUCACAAGGUGGUCAAGCCUCUCUGCCUGUCUCCGGUCAAGAUGAGGAACUGUGGGCAGAACAACAGUGAACCCUACACCACAGAGAGCCCAACUCAGAACCCAUACAACAGAACCCUGUCCCCCCAGAGGAGAGAUGAACUGGCUAAGAUCCGCCAGAGACAGCUGGACAAUGCUGUCCACUACAUCUGGGAGACAGGAGAGGACAAGUACACCUUCAGAUACUUCCACACUGGCUUCUGGGAGAGCUGUGAGAAACACGUUGAUGGUGAGAAGUGUCGCAGCUUUAUUGAGCUGACUCCUGGUGAAACACAAGGUGUGUUAUGGCUAUCGGUGAUAUCUGAGUUCACUUACAUCGGUCUAUUGGGAAUGGGCUUUCUGUUGAUGUGGCUGGAGUUGUUGUGUUCCCAUAAGGAGAUACACGCUCUCAAAAUCAACGCCUAUGCUGCCAUCUGCACCGUACUGUCAGGUCUGAUGGGGAUGGUGGCCCACAUGAUGUACACCACAGUGUUCCAGAUGACUGUCAUCGUUGGCCCUAAAGACUGGAGGCCUCAGACCUGGGACUACGGCUGGUCAUUCGCCCUGGCGUGGAUCUCCUUCAGCUGUUGCAUGGGAGCUGCAGUCUUCACCCUCAACUCUUACACCAAGACCAUCAUCGAGCUGCGCCACAAACAGAGGCUCCGAUUGGAGGAGGCCCGCGCCGCCAGCCACGCCCCUCCCUACGAUGAGGUGGUCCCCGGGAGCGGGCUCUACUCUGUCAGCGGCCUAUUGCAGUGCCCAGACGGGAUGAUUGACGUGGCGUGGGCGCCUGACGGGACCGUGAUGGGGGUGGGGAACGGGGAUGUACCAACUCUAGUGUUGCUAGGAGGGUGUGGGCCAGAGGGCUGUGAGGACUGUGAGAGAGAGAUGGAUGAGAUGGAGGAGGCCAUGGAGAGGGAAAGAGCUGAUUCGCCCUGUUAAUAAGUGAUGGGUGGGGCUAAAGAGAACAGAGGAGGACUAUGGGUAAUGUAGUCACUUUACAGGUACAGUAUAUGCACCUUGAGCUCUCAAGUUGGAAAGACUGAGACAGAGAAAGACUGAGACAGAGAAAGACUGAGACAGAGAAAUAGUGAGACAGAGAAAGAGUGAGACAUAACUUGAUGGACAUGGGACACGGGAACUGUGUUGGCUGUAAGAGCUACAGUAUCCCCUCUUUGACAUUGAACAGAGAUCACCUUGACAUACAUGGUUCGGGCUAAUACUCCUCACAUUGUCAUUCAUUAAUACAAUAGUGCCUAAUGGUAAGGGAUUGUUAUACAAUAUUGCUAUACAGUAUAUAUGUAAAUGUAUCCAUGUUAGAAAUAGUUUUACCAUAAGAAUCCAAUACUUUCUGAACUUUGUAAAA